AGCGGAACGCGGGAGCGGGACGCGGGCGGGCGGCGGAAGGUGCAGCCGGCGCUCCGCUCCGCCGAGUCACCUUGGGCGGGCCGCAGCCAUGGUGUUCCUGCCCGACGAGUCGCGGUCGCUGCCGCCGCCGCCGCUGUUCAACAGAUGCUCGGUCUGGCUGGGCUUCGUGGGGUGGAUGACUGCGCUGCUGGACAACACCUUCAACCAGCGCCCCGUCCUCCGAGCCGGUGUUCACCGCCAGGUCCUGUUCACCACUGUGGGGUGGUUUGUUGGCUACUACCUGGCGAAACGUACAGAUUACAUCUAUGCCAAAAGGGACAGAGAGCUGUUGGAGUACGUCAGGCAUCACCCAGAAGACUUUAAGGUGGCAGAAAAGAAAAGAAUAGGAGACCUUUUGGAGGAUUUCUACCCAGUCCGCUGAGGAUUUCUCCAGCGGUGACACAUCACAGGAUGAAUUAAUGCCACACCAGGAACGUCGGCAACGUGGCUGCAACUGUUGAACCGUCCAUGGCUUGGAAAGUGAAGCUUUAUUCGCUUUCAUGUAAUAAAAGCCUGAUUAAAUACUUUGUGUUUAA